AUGGAACACCCCUCAAGCCUUCGUGCAUCGACGGAAACCCGUUCCACCGCCCGUCCUCCGUCGAGCAAUCAGAAAGCAGAACCAUAUGAAUACAAAUCAAUUACUGUCAUUCCCUCUCCUUUAAUGACAGCCUCGCUGAACUCCCGCCAUUCUGCCUCCUCUGCCCAGGAGUCCACCUAUCUCUCCCAAGCAAGAUGGCUUCGAAGGAGCCGCCUGGCCCUUACGCUCCUGAUCAUCGGCACUGGAGUUGCUACCGUGGCCUGCACCGGCCACGUCCAAAAGAGAUACAAUUCUACCCACCUGGGCUCGGAAUAUCACUUAACCCUAUGGCCCAUCAAUAUCGACCUAAGACCAAAUCUUGCCAUCAUGAACUCCGCCGCAAUUACCGUGGCUAGCAGCAUCGGAUACCUCGUGUUCUCAGUCUUGCCAUCGCCUCAUUCCCGCAAUGUCCUGUACAACAUCUUCUUCGCAACAGCGUCACUAGUGGGACUGAUCCUCUGCAUCUUCGCCCUGGCAUUCAACCUCACCCUCAGCAAUCCGAGCACCAAACAUCAACGCGACUCCCUGCAAUCCUGGACCUGCAAGUUCGCCCACGGCGCUCAGCAAUUCGACACCGACGCCAGCCAGUUACAGAUUCCAGUCUACCUCAAUGAUGGCAUGACCAUCCCAGCAGGUUUCAAGCGCCUCUGCAGUGAAAGCGAAGCCAGCGUCGGACUCAUUGCUGCGCUGCUGGUCCUGGAGGUAGUCGGCUGCGCCGUCGCUGGGGUUGGCAUGAUGUUGGAGCGUAGGAUGGCCGACGCGAGACGGAACAGGUAUUCCGACAGUGAGAAGAAAUAG